AUGUCGGCGUACCUGCCCUGGGUGGAGUCGGCCACCGACCUCGAGCUCAUCGCCGACUACUCCGACUACCGACGCAGGUCCGCCUUCAGGACUGGCUUCGGGAACAAUGAGACUGAAGAAAUCCCAACCACUACUCCCACGACAACGACACCGUCAUUAGUGCUGUUCCGGGAGUGGUACCCCGGCAUCAAUAGCGAAUCAGGAAAGUUCCAAAUCUACAGUCUUACCCCGGGCCAGGAAGCUUGGUAUGAAAUGCCUAGACACUUGCAAGAAGCCGGCUUCAACCCUGGUGACUGCUCCGGUCGCAGGAUCCUGGUCUACCGCGAGCAGAUGAGGCUGGUGGACCCCAACGGCACCCCGGGCAGGGCUGAAUACAAGGCCACGCUGUACGACGAGCAUAUUCAAAACUACACGUGUAUAAGUGUCAAGCUGGAAAACGUUCUAUCCCGGUCACCAGUUCUUAUUUGGUUCCGCCACCACAUGGACCUGUUAGAGGGAACCGGCUUCAAAGGCGGCAUGGGAAUAGACACUCCCGAGGAAAUCCUCAAACGCAUCCCCCUUCCCAAGAAAUAUGAGCUCACGACUGAAGCACCACCACUCAAUGGGACUGCUACACCCAUCUACAAACCGGGGAAGCAUCUGGAGGCAAUAUUCGUGAAGGACAAAGUCAACCGAUCUGGCAUUUUGAACAUCAACCUGAUCAUAGGGUUCACCUUUACGGGAGAAACAAAAAUGAAUUUGAGGGUAUACGGGUACCCCAUUCCUCGGUUCCGGAAGCCAACCACCACCACUACCACCACCCGAAUGACCCAUAGGCCUCGCAGAAGGAAUAAGCGGAAGGACCGCUUUGAGAGGGCCAGGGAGAGGGAAGCGGAGAGGAGGCAAAUACGCGUGGCCGGGAGGAAUCAUAUUGGAUAUUUGCAAUACCUGUGAAA